AUGGACCAGAAAGCGAGGGACACGAGGCGCAAUCGGCUCUACGGGCUCGCGUUCACGCUCACGUGCUUCGUCGCCGGCACCGUGUACGGAUGGCCCGCGCUCCGUCGCGACCUCAUCAAGGAGGGCGGCCUGACCGAAAAACAGCUCGGCGCGGUGUUCACGUGCGGCGCUUGGAGCGUCCAGGGCGGCCGCUUCGCCGCGGGCCUCAUCCGAGACGCGCUCGGCACCAAGCGCACCGCGUGCGGCUGCCUCCUCUGCGUCCUCCUCGGCGCCGUCCUCGUCGCGACGGUCGCCUCCGAUAACUUCGCGGGCCUCGCGCUCGGCAUGCUCUUCCUCGGCCUCGGAAGCGGCGCCCAGCUGUGCAUCCAGCCCGUCACCGGGCUCUUCCCCGAGAACGCCUCUGCCGCGAUGGCCACGCUCUCCGGAGCCUUCCAGAUCUCCGGGCUGGUGUUCCUCGUGUGCAGCGGGAUCGCGCGCGCCGGAGCCGACAGGCUCGGGGCGUACCUCGCGUUCGCGGCGUGCGUGUGCGUCCUGUUGGCGCUCUCGUGGGUGUACCUUCCUUACGGGUUCAAGUUCACGAUUGACGACGAAUCCCGGGACGAACGGAGGGACGAGUCGAAAGGCGCGACGAAGAGCGCGACCGUCGACCGGGACGAGGAAGCGGCCGUCUCCGACGCCGCGGUGGUCUUAAAGGAAACAAGCGGCGAAACCAGCGACGGGAAGGAGGGCGAGGGGGACGACGGAAAGGUUCAAACAUCGAUGGCCGCGGUGGCCGUCGCGCCUCGCAAGCCGCCGCCGCCGCUGUCGCACCUCACCCGCAGAGGCCAGCUCCUCUCCGACGAGUACAUCGCGCUGCUCGCGUGGUUCUCCGUGUGCGUCACCCCGGCGCAGUACUACGUGCUGAGCAUCGGGUGGCAGCUCGAGCGAAAGGGAGACGACGCCGGCGAUUACACGAGGGCCUUCGUGAUAUUGUACGCCGCAUCCGCCGCGUUGGCUCCCAUCGGCGGGGCGGUGGCGGACAAAUACGGGGUGGGCUUCGCGCAGGGGCUCGCCACGGCGCUGACCGGGUCGUCGUUCGUGGUGUUGCUGUCCGAUUCGCUGCCGGCGCAGAUCGCGGGCAUGACGCUGUACAGCGUCGGGCGGCUCUUCGUCUUCGCGCUCUUCUUCAGCAACAUCGGGAGGAGGUUCGGGUUUGCGCACUACGGGACUCUCGUCGGAUUCGGGAUGUUGACGUCGGCGGUGCUGUCCAUGCUGCAGUACCCGAUGUUCACGCUGGCCAUCGACGAGAGCGUGGACUGGGUGAACGCGUCGUGCGCGGUGGCAAUCGCCGGGUGCCUGCCGUACACCGCGUGGUUGUCCAGGAGGGAGCGAGGAGAGAAGAGGCGGUUUGCGGGGAUGACGGCGAACGAAGAGGCGUAG